CAAAAUGGCGCCACUCCAGUCUUUCCGGGAUGCCGGUUUGGUUGUCGUCGACAACUUAACAUACAGCUUAAACAAUGGGUAAUUUGGAAUGAUGUAUUGAAUUGUGCAUCGGGGAAUUCCAAUAUUUUAUAAGAUGUCAAGAAAACAGCAAUUGGAUCCCCAAACUGAUCUUUUGGUGGAAUGGAAGGAUGGAACUAAACAUGUGGUCAAGAUACAGGACAUCAUCCUAGUGAGCAGAAAGCUUGAAAAGGGGUGCAAAAUAUCAAUGAAAUGGGGACAGCAGACAUGGGAAGGACGGGUGCUAGAUGUUGAAGGCAACACCGAUAGUGAUGAUGAUUCGGAUUCCGAUAUUCCUCUUGCUCAGCUAAAAGCAAACAACCAAACCAAAGCUCAAGAUACGUAUGGCUCAUCACAGAUGCCUGCAAGAUGUGACGAUUUUUUCUGCAGCGGAGAGGUCUGGGCAGCUUGUAACAAAUGUUUGUGUUUCCUUUGCUAUGACCAUUUUCUGGGCAUGGUUUGCAGUAUCGAACUUUAA